UUUCUCCCUCCAGCAGGUGGCGUUUUUGUAUUGAGGUUAAUGAGUAUCGAAUUUGGUCAACAACAAAUUAUGGUUUAUUUGCUACGUGAGGUGUAUUUGAUCAAAUAGAAGUUACAAAUCUUAAAUUAUUACGAGUGUACCGAUAAGUAGGAAACGCGACACCCCGGAAACUUUGAGAAGAAAAAAAAAACACUUUAAAUCGGAGUUGUCUCAAUGGCUGGCUAUUCAUGGCAUGAAGCUAGUAGCAUAGCGUUCCCAUUGAAUACAGGGCGGUUGACGUCAACAACCCUCCUCGAAUAUUCAAAAGAGAUCACAUGAUUGAGAUGUAUUCACCAAUCCAAAGAAAGGAUAGGCGAGAGCUAAGCAGCCCAGCCGUGUUGCUUUGUGAACAACAACUCCGGUUGUUAAGGCGGGGAGAUCGUUGGUUUCUCCCGGAGGACAAGUGCAAUAGGUGAUGGAAAUAAUGCAGUCCAACCGGUUACCUUUCAUUAAUCGGGUCAUUCUGUUACAAUAGACCUGAAACACUGGUAAAUCACCAGCCUACACCUUUUUAUUUUGUGUCAACGUCAAGGUGACUGCCCAAUAAAUCAUAUUCCUGUUUGGUUGAAUAUGCCAUCCUAGACUAGUUUACCUGUAGAUAUUGCUAUAGUAAAGGACUGUCCCACCUCAAAGCUCAACAAGCAGUCACUUUUGCAUUGUUUAUUGAAAGUUUGCCUGUAAAAGUAAAGCCCACGUUUACCAAUAUUUUACCAAUCAAGGCUUUGACAUCGACACAGGUGAAUUGCUCUCGAAUCUUGAUAACAGAUAACCCGGACAGCUCGACAGUGAAGCAAGGUUGAGCGCAACAGAGGACACAACGCAGGAGCGAUUGUAUUACAUCAGUUGUCCAUCGAACUUUCACAAGGACUCUAACCAGAUUUUUUUUUGUGGUAUCUUAAUAGAAAGCUAAAAUGUGGAAUAUUUUUAUGUGAAAGCUGUGGGAAAUUUAUGGUUUCGGAUUUCUUGGAUUCCUCUUUGAAGUAAAAAAAAAAUAUGUCCUCGCACCAGUUUGGUGUCCACAAAUGGCACAUUUUUAAGUUGACUCUAUUGAUAUUUGUGAUUGGAGGUGUAAACUGUGAUUUGACCAUCUCUCCCCUGGGACCCUCACUGCUCAACACCACUGUUGGCAGCAAUGUGACUCUGGUAGUGACCAUCAGUGGUGCACCUGACCCUGUGGUCACAUGGAAUAUGGGGAGUUUACCUGUGGUUACCUGGACCCUUGGCUCCAGUGUUGCACCAGACAUAGCCAUCAUUCACCGUAAUGUGCUGAAGAUUGAGACCGAUGGGUCCCUCACCUUCCGAAAUGUGUCAUUUCUCUACAGUAACACCUACACUGUGGAGAUAGUCAAGUCUGGAUUAAAAACUGUCUCAGCCACAUUUGUGCUGAAGGUCUAUGACUACAUCCAGAACGUGUCUGUGAACACAGAGCCUGCCAAUGCCAUAGAGGGAGCCGAAAAGUUCUCUUUGCAGUAUAGCACACUGCAGGGUGAGGCCGACCAGUGCAGGUGGUACUUUAAGGGUGUGGAGGUACAGAACAACUCUCACUACACAGUGGGCCAGAAGAGCCUGGUCAUCAAUCAGCCCAACCGGAACGACACAGGACCUUACACCUUGGUCUUGACCAACCCUUUCAGCGCCGUCACAUUUCAUAGGAAUAUAACUGUUCUCUAUGGACCAGACGAGCCCAUGCUUGGAGCCAGUCCGUCCCAGGCCUUCUUUGUUUCCGGAGAUUCCCUCUCUCUCUCCUGUCAUGCCGAGGGGGUUCCCCAACCCUCCGCCUCCUGGAUGUUUGGGGGUCAGACCCUGCCCGUUUCCCAAGGAGGAAGUCUCAAUCUGACCAAUGUCCAAACUAGCCAGGGGGGCAUAUACACCUGUGUGCUGGUCAAUGUGAACACUGGAGCGCAGCGCAAGAGGAACUUGACGGUCAACGUUUAUGAGAGCCCGACAGCCAGCCCACUGUGCUCAGUCAAUGCAGUGAACGGAAAUGUCGACCUGCAGUUCCACUGCAGGUGGCCAGGAGGCACCCCAGAAGCCCUGCUGUCCUUUCCUGCCUUGACCAACACCACCAGCGGUGCUGGAGACUUCAGCCUGACCAUGCCUGCCUCUCAGGACCUCAAUGGGAAAAUGGUCUUCUGUAGGGCCAAUCAUCCCCUCCAUCAGACACAGUGCAAUAUUACUGCCACUGGUCCUGCAAAUUUUUUACCGAUGGUCUUGACCACAGUGGACCGAGAGGGUAAAAUAGUGGUCACCAUCCACUGCAACAGCGAGGCCACGCCCAAGGCUAUGGUCACAUGGUCCAAAGGUACCGAGCUCUUAGCCAAUGGGUUGCAGUACCAGAUCAGCGUGGACACUGCGCAGCUCAGCAUCCAUGAUUUUAACUCCAGCACCGCUCAGCUCUACACUUACACCUGUAACUGCAGCAACCCACUGGGCAACAAUAGAAAAAAGACUCAGUUACUGGGCCCCACCAUCUCAGAUUCCAGUCUUUUCCCUAAUCAAGAUGGAACCAUCGUCACAAUGACCUGGGAGGUCCCUCCCACCUCUGUGAUUACAGGCUUUGACAUCCAGAUGAGCGGACCAGACCUCCUAACUGUCACUAAAAAUGGCAGCCGAAGGAAAAGAUCCACAGAGGGAUUCCGGAGCAUUCAGCAGAGGUCCGGUUCCUACCGGAAAACUGAUAUCUCUGUUCUGGAUCCCAAAUCCACAUACUACUUCCGGGUCAUCCCCGUUGCUGGCAGAACUCAGGGGGAACCAUCAGCGGUGCAGAGAAUUGGACCCGGUGGUCUGAGCAGACCACAGAUUAUAGGCCUCGCUGCCGGGAUCCCCUGUAGCCUCCUCUUCCUCCUCCUCCUCAUCGGCCUCAUAUACCUCUGUGUCUACUGCUGCAAGAAGAAACGUGAACAGAACAGAUAUCCCGUGCCCAGAGCUGUAGAGAAGGUGGUGUCAACCCAACCAGACGUAAACACUCCCAACCACCUUCUGACUGGAGGACUCAAACCACUGCCUGAUUACAACAGAAUAACAUCACAGGCGGCUCCGGCUGAGCAGUCAAUCCCUCUCCCCACGUUUGUCGCUCCUCCCCCUGUGAGAACUGCCACAAUUGUGUAAACGGUAUAAAACUGUUAUUUUCACCGUGAUGUGCAAUAUUUUAUGUCAAAUGUUUUCUAUUCUUAAUAUUAUUUUAUCACUAAUGUGAAAAGCUCUUAUGUAUGUGAGGUUGAUUUAAUAUGGGGAUAUGUUGCUCUCUGUAACUGCAGAACUGACUGGUGUUUCUUAAUCAAGAUUGUGUUUCUGCUUCAACCAAAUUGAAUAUACAUGUAUAUCCGAACGCCAAUCUCUGUGAUCAGCAAACUUUGUACUGAUAUUUAUUUUAAAUAAAUCUUAUAAAAAUGA